GACGAACCUACAGUUCGCUAGACCCGCGUGUUAGCCGUGGGACGUGUGGAGAAAAGCUGUUGCGUUUGUAAAUUUAUAACAAGUUAUCCGUGUCUGAAAUUUCGUAAACUACACUAGUAUUUCCAAAAUGAGCGACAGAAUAACGAAGCCCAUGACCCACCGCGGUAAGCGGAUCUUGGCAAAGAAAGAGCCGAAAAUCAUUGAAUUAACCAAACAAGCUUUAAUGCUUCGCGGUACUACGGCUAGUGCAUCUUCCCUACAGUUUGUCAAAGAUCUGCAUGCAAUUAAACGAGUGCAGUCAACAUACUUUGGGCAGAAACAUCCCUUCAACCCAUUUGAAGAUGUCAAGCCCAUUGAGGAACUCACCCAAAAAUAUGACCUAUCCCUGUUUGCUUUUUGUUCUCACAAUAAGAAACGGCCCAACAAUGUUAUUCUAGGAAGGAUUUUUGAUCACCAACUGCUUGACAUGAUUGAAUUUGGUUUGGAAGAAUUUAAAUCCCUGACGGAAAUAAGAAACAGUAAAGUCAUGGAGGGUACGAAACCCUGCCUGAUCUUUUCUGGAGAUGUAUGGCACCAGAAUGAAGAGUACACCAAAUGCAAAUCUCUCCUCAUUGACUUUUUCCGUGGAGAAGUGGUGGAACAAGUCCGUCUAGCCGGUUUCGAACACGCUAUUUCUUUCACUGCUGCAGACGGCAAAAUUUUCCUUCGCAGUUACAAGAUUUUGAUGACAAAAAGUGGGACAAAAACACCCCAUAUUGAGUUGGAAGAGAUUGGACCUUCUGCCGAUUUAGUUAUCAGAAGAACAAAAUUGGCCUCUGCUGAUCUUUUCAAACGUGCUUGCCGCACCCCGAGCGCAGCCAAGCCCAAGAAGGUUAAAAAUAUGGCUAAGGAUGUUUUCGGUACCAAACUUGGCCGUAUUCACAUGCCACGUCAAGAUUACAGGAAAUUACAGGUUAAACGUGGUAGAGCUCUGCGAACUGAGAAAACUACAAAAAAAUCUAAAAUUUCCAAGUGAACGAUUGAAACUAAUAAAGACGUUGACAAUUGA